GAAAUUUACCACGCAAUCUGUUAAUAUUUUGAUGAUAAGAGAUACUAAUAUCAUAGAUGGUCGAGUGUCGACAACACUCAUGAUGGUUCUCAUUUCGGCGUUAACAUGGUUAAUGAUGGUGCCGAUGAUGGUGACGAUGAUGAUGUCGUGGAUAAUCGCUGCGUCUGAGGGCCAUCAUUCCAGUCAAUGUGUGCUACCAUGUCCAAAAAUCAACUCAACAUCAGGAGACACCAUUCAACUAAUCCCUAAACAUCUUUUCCAGAAAAAUGAGAGUAACCACGUCACACUGUUUGGAUCAUCUACAUUGAUGUUGUUCUGCAAAAUUCCGAAUUGCCUGUCAUCACCAUGUAAAAAUCAAGGUACAUGUUUAGAGACGGAUUAUUCUUAUGAGUGUUUGUGCACUGAAGGAUAUUUUGGAGACAACUGUGAGCGUCGAGUGAGAACAUGUGCUGAUCUGAAGGAACCCAAUUCAACAGGAACGUUUCGUAUUGAUCCAGACGGUCAAAAUGGAAACAUUUCUGAUUUCGUGCAAGUUGAAUGUCGAAAUGGCGUAACCGUCAUUCCCCACGACAUCAUCGGCGAACAAGCUGUCCCUCGAGGCUAUGAAAGGAUGGGAUCGUACCGACAGAAUGUGGUAUACAUCCUACCAUUGGAUAUCAUUGUGGCGAUCAUUAACAACGCCAGGAGCUGUAGGCAAUAUAUCAGGGCAACCUGCAAUAAUGUCUUCAUCGUGAAGGGAAAUAGACAAAAUAUUUACUGGAUCUCUAGACAAGGCACCAUCAUGAGGAAUUGGGGAGAUGCACCAAGUCAUGUUCGUGGAUGUAUUUGUGGCUUAAAUAAUACUUGUCACAACACAGGAUCAUAUUGCAAUUGUGAUGAUUCCGUUGGCAAUAGUGCACCAUUAACAGACGAAGGUUUCCUGACGGACAGAACACGACUUCCGGUCAUCAGAUUACAUUUCGGCGACACCGGAGGAGUUGACGAAAAGAUUUAUUAUGAACUUGGAUUUCUCGAAUGUGAAUGAGGAUUCAGUCUGAUCAUCAGAUUAUGACGGAAUAUGGUUAUCAUUUUGACAAAUAUAAUCAUUCAAUGAUUCGAAUCUACAGUAUUAAGUGUUAAAAGGAUCGUUGUAAUUGUUAUUGUCUUGAAGUAGGCCUACUGUAUUAUCGAAGAGUUACGAUAUACAUAUAAGUGACGUGUUGAAAAUGUAUUGAAAUAAAAUAGCGUCACUUGGAAAAACACUGAAACCGCACUCCUAUAAAAUUUCCUAUAAAAUUUCUGACGUCUUUUAUUUGACUUUCUUAUGUGAAACUUUCCGCCCCAGGGGCCCUCUUCUCAGGGGCGGGAAUCCCUCCCAAAAGGUAGGGGGACAAGGGGCUGGAAAAUUUGACAAGCAAAAAAAAAAAAAAAAGGUUAUCAUCCCAAAAGUAAGGUCAUCUCGUCCUAAAAUACAUGUUUUAUUUCGAUUUUGAAUGAUGUAUUUCUUACCAUCAUAAAAGAACACAAAUAGUAGGGGGACAUUUGAUAUUCCCCCCUGCUAUUUUGAGUAGGGGGACGCCCAUGCCUCUUCUGUUAUGUAAUGCAUGUGUAACAGUUUUACACAUUUUCCGUUUCCUUGGGAAGCGUUUAUCCAAAUUGUAUUGCCUGAUUGGCACUUUUGAUGAUUUUGAUUGCUGAGAAGCACUGUUACUAUGGCAGCUGUCGAAUAAAACGUCCUACAAGUGUCUUUAUGAAAUAUUUCCCAUGAAUAUAUUUUAACUACUUGAACUCUAGAAAGUCAGUAUAAAGGGAAGCGUUAUAGUUUAGAUUUACUUUUCCAUCAAGGGGAUCUCAUAUGCAUAAAGGUAUCAAAAUUUAUUAUUCAAUAUUACAUACAAAACCGAAAAGGAAAAAAAAAUCAGAAUUUGAAGGAGUGUGGGGUGAGUGUAAAAAAUUUAUUCCAAUAUUUCUAACUGAAAUCAUUUAUGAGAUAUGCGUGUUAUGAUCCAAAAUAUGAUUCUUACAUCAUAACCACUCCUUUUUCUUAGUUGUACAUAACAUCAAGAAUACUUCAAAGCUCUCACGCCAUGGCUCUAGGUUUUUGUAGGAUUGGAUAAACAAGGUAUUACCAUCAGAGGAAUUGGGGAGAUGCACCAUGUUCGUGGAGGUGGGAUUGAUAAGAGAAUGAAAUGAACAGGACAAUAUAUUUAUUUGUACAAUUUCGUGCACUAAGUUAACAUCCAUCCUCGUGAACAUAAAGAUUUCAAUUAGUAAUUGUAUAUUGUUAUGAAGUUAUUAUAGGGUUGUCGAUGCUAUUGGGUUUUUUUUCGCUGUGAGUUACGAAGAAUGAUAUGAGAAAUCACAUUUUCAUAGUUUAACUUUUCGAUUUUUUAAUUAUUUCGAUGUGUAGUACAUCCUCUUAAUUUACUAUUCAUUCACUUGUUUGAAUUUGUUUCUUUAAUUUUUUCUUUCUUGUGCGUUUAGAAACAUAAGCACAAUUUAUGUUGUAUAUUCAUUAUCAUUAUAAUUAUUAUUAUCAUCAUCAUU